UAGUUCUAAUGCUAAACAAGUCAAUUCAAUUAAAUAUUCCGAUUUAUCUGCUUAAUAAUUCUGCCAACCAUUACCGUACAUCUUCGUAUAGAUUUGUAUAUUCCAAUUGCGGGUUUAAUGCCUCAUUUCAACAACUUGUACUGUUCUGAUCAAUACAUUGUAAUCAGACAAUACAUUUGUCACAAAUCAACUAUUAAUAAACAUUCGGUUAAUCCUAACCAGAUGGGAAACUGAAAGCUGAUAACUAUUUUUUACAGUUUGAGAUCGAGUACACGUGUAAAUAAAGAUAAAAUGCAAAGUAAACAGAUAUUCUUUAUACCAUAUGACAUUACACGGAAUUCUAAGGAAAAUGAAGCAGUUUUUUCGAUUUUAUGUUCUGGAAGGAAGCACUCCACGAAAGCAGGGAAAAAAUGAGAAUGCGUGGACUUCUCAAAAAGGCCCAAAUACUUCAAUAAGCCCUGAUACGACUAGUGUUCCAACCAAAUCACCAUGUCCACCAGGCUUUACAUUUUUUAAAUCAUCCCAAGAACUAUGUUACAUAUUGGUCGAAGACAAACAUCCAUAUCCUCCUCGAUGCCCAUACAACAAUUCUUUGGCACAUGACUACGACCCCUUCUUAUACGAAAUUUUUAAAAACGAAGUGAUCUGGGUAAGAGCCUUUCGUAAAAUUGAUGACGUAAACUUGGCACCAUUCGUUUGGACAGAACCAUCGGAAAGGUACGGGCAAACCAUAACGAAUUACGAAUACAAUUCAGUAAAUUUAUUUCUUACAAACUGCAUGACCAUCUACAAUUAUACACUCAGGGCAACUAAUUGUAGUGAAAAUCACAAGGCCCUGUGCAUUUACAGUGCAUCACCUGCCAAAAUUAGCAGAUAUUGUUCCGAUAAAAAUCCUGGUUUAUCAUGCAUUAACGCAAACUUAGACAUCGACAGUGGAAACUGCUUUUGUCAAAAGGCUGUAUUCGGUCUCCAAACUCGAAAUGACGUUUGUGAUAGUUUAGCAGAACCCCGACAACUUUACCAGAGUUUGCUCAUUUUGGGCGGUUUUCCUAACAGCGAUACUUGUUGGUUUGGUUUAUACCAGAUGAGAAUGGGAAACUUUUUAUGGUCUAGUGAUAAUUCCGAAGUCUCUUAUUUUCUAUGGACUACAGAAACGAAUUUUUAUUACUCUUAUGCAGCUUUCGUAUUCAAAGGAAAUCCCGGAUGGAUUCUAACCCCCGAUAGAGGGCUUACAUGUGGACUUUGUCAAGUUUCAGUACAAGGCGAAUUGGCAUCGGUGCAGACCUAUUUUUCCACGAGAAACGUAGAAGAUACCAGAUUCUUAACGGUUGUGGUGACGAAUCCAACGGAAAUUAGCAAUUAUUUCGGACGGCACUUCGCGUUGUACUGUUUUUCAAACAUGAACAGCAACGGACUGUUCGAGAAAAUUACAAGAUACGUUCCCGAUGUUCCCACCGAUACCAACCAGUACAUUUACAAAAUAUUUUUAACCAACGCCUAUCCAGCGUUGUAUUGGUGUGAAGGUUUUUCGCAUCCGAACAUGACCGUGAUACAGAGCAAACCCACGAUCGCCUACUACCACAACAACGUCUACAGAACGAACUAUGCGAUUCACGUAUUCGUACGCAUAUCAAUAAAUGUCGACCCGUUCAAAACGAAGCUCCACGUCCAAGCAACCGAAGCAAUUCGCAACAUGACUGAAAAGACUUACAUUGUUCUUGCAGUCAGGCCUAUUAGUUUUAUAAUUGCAGGUAAUGGCUAUUUCGAAAUAAUAAUUCACCUGUCGACCCAAAGGAAUGAUUAUUCGUUAACUGAAGAGUACGAUGUUCUGCAAAACUCGCUGAAAGGAAUUGAUAGCCAACAUCGUUACAUUCAUAACAUUUCUACGUUAUUAAACAGCUACUUUUGCAUGGGCUCUUUUACGUAUAGUUCGGGCAUGAACUUAACCUGGCCGAAUACCACCAUAGGAUCCACAGUUAUACCCGUAGAACUGUGUAUUCAAGAAGACGGUUCGCCCGUUACCCGGACGUGCGAGGGCAAUUUUACUGUAGGAGGACAAUGGUCCGAAGUAAGUGGUUCAUGCGCACAAAAUUAUUCCUAUCCGCAAUCCCUUUUGGAGCUUCACGGUCUAUUCCACAAUGGCAUAAACGAAUACAACAGAAGUGACGAAAUCCUUUAUACGCUCGUACAAAACAUCUCAAACCCUUUGAUGAUAGAAUUCCACCUAAUUUCGCAAAUUUUGAACGUUCUUAUAAAGGAACACGGCAAGUACGACGGUCUAGUUCUUCUCAAAACAGUUAGUGCAACGUUAGAUUAUGACCACGAUCUAAUGAAGAAAACCCAAUUGAAACUGAAUUCGACUGAUGUCAUUUUGAACGUUGUAGACACUCUGACUUCUAACCCAACUUCAUCUGGAUUUUCGGAAUCUCUCAUUUUGACCGACAAUAUUAUAAUCAAGAUCCAAGACUUGUCUUACGUCAGGGGUGUGGCGCUGUAUAAAAAAUCUGAUUUUCAAAAAGCAGAAAUCAUAACCUUAUACGCUAAUACCAGCGAAGAAAUACUGUACGACGAAAAUGUUGAAGCAGCAGUCUUCAUACCAAACGCAACAUAUGAAGAACUUGUAACUUACUUCACUGAUGUUAACAUAACGAUGGCGGUCACUUUUUUCAGUAACCAUCGUCUGUUUAACUGCGACGGCACUAGCGAAACAGGGAACUCCGUCCCGAUUAGUGUUAUAAUACCAGGUCUAAAGAGCAUACUGUUUUCGCCCGUUAUUAUAGCUUUUAAAAGUAACAAAACAACUGACUCUUGCGCGUAUUGGCAGUACGGCCAAAAUAGGUUACUUAAUAAUAUCAAAGGCCGCUGGGAUUCAGAGAACAUUGUAACAGAUGUGAAUCGAACGCGAGUAAUUUGUCAAUCUCAUCAUCUCACGCAUUUUUCUGUUUUGGUACUCGGUAGUAGCUCGGGAAAUGGCUCUAUUGAUUUAAGUACAACGGAUCGAGUAGCUCUUGAGGUUAUAACAAUCGUAGGUAGCGUUCUGUCGUUUUCUGGAUUAUUGGCGAUACUGUUAACGGCUGUCAUAUUCAAAAGAUGGAGGAAACACAACGGUAAUACAAUCAUUUUAAACUUUUCCGUCUGUCUUACGGCACAAAUGUGUCUAACGUUCGUCGCUGACAACAUCGACGUUGAUGGUAUAGAAUGCUUUGUGGCUGCUAUAUUUUUACAUUAUUUCAUGAUUUCGGAAUUCUGUUGGAUGAUGGUGAUUGCAUUUUUGCAAUAUAGGAAGUUCGUGACGGUAUUUCAACAGCCAACGCCUCACUUGAUUGCCAAAGUAUCGAUCAUCGGUUGGCUUCUGCCACUUAUUCCAGUCGCCGUUGUCAACAUUGUGUCUCUUGGACAAGCGUAUCAUAAAAAUUCUUACGGACUAUGUUAUCCGACCAACAAUUUUUAUACGUAUGGCGUUGUUCUUCCCAUCGGGAUCAUGGUCGUUAUUAAUGUCUCAAUAUUCGUUCUUAUCAUGAAAAACGUAUGUUCGAGAAAGGUAGAGGCCUACGGCGCGAACGGCAAAGAUAUGAAGCUUCAAUUUCUUCUAGCACUCUUGCUUUUCUUCUUGUUGGGAUUAUCGUGGGCGUUCGGGCUUCUAACGGCUUUGAGCUCGAAAAUAUUUUUCGCAUACCUUUUCUGCAUAACGGCCACACUGCAAGGAUUUGUUAUGUUUAUUUUUUUCAUAGUCAUGAACGACAAUGCACGUUCUCUUUGGUUAGGUCUCGAGAAAAUAUGCUGCCUUAAAGAAAAUCCGGAUGCGGAACGAAAAGCUUCCGCACAUUUCUCGACAACAAGUAUUUCCACACUAUCUGGUGCUUUGGACGAAUCAAAAAUAAAAUAAAAUAAUUAAGAUCGCAAAUCAAUCGUAUUUAUGUAUUCUGGAGUGCGUAUGCACACAAUUCAUAUUUAUUAAUGUACUUCUGUGUCAACGAGUUUAAUUAUGUCAAUAAAUGUUAAUCAAGAAGAAUGUAAAUAUCAGAAAUCUAUUUAAAAUAAGUGUAAUGCAUGUAAGUGCCUAAUCUUAAAAAUAAAGGUAAUAAACGUAUUUGUGUAUUUCAUAUCAAAAAAUGAUAAUAAG